AUGUUUAUCGGAAUAAUAGGAACCCCGUGCUCGGGAAAGCACACGGUAGCGGGCUGGCUUGUAAAAGAGCAUAACUUUAAGGCUUUAUCCCUACGUGAAAACAAACGUGACGACCUCCACCCAUUGAUUUUUAAGAGUGCAGAGAAUUUAUUACUAUACGUUACUGAAAAUUGGGAAGAUAAUUUUGUUACAUGUGAUAUUGAUAGCGAAGAGAUACUUGCAUCUUACAGGAGACGGCCCUUCUUUCUAUUGAUAGCAGUAGAUGGACCGGUGAUGCUGAGAUAUGAGAGAUAUCGCAAUCGCAAGUGCAAAUUAGAGAAAUCACUACAAAGUCUAGAACAAUUUAUCGAAAACAACGAUCACAGUGUCUUUCAAUAUUCAUCCGAAUCCCCUUCACCUUCAUCACCAUCUCUUUACAAAAUGACGUCUACAUCUGAUCUGACGAUUGUCAAUGCCUUUCACGAACUUUCUUGUUUCUAUUCUCACCUAUCAACACUAGAAAUAACUAAUCACGAAAGAUUACGACCAAUAUGGGAUUCCUAUUUUAUGUACAUGGCUGAUCUAGCAGCCAAGAGAUCUAAUUGCAUGAAGCGUAGAGUUGGGUGCAUUCUAGUGAGAAAUCAUAGGGUUGUGGCUACGGGAUACAAUGGAACACCAAUGGGACUCAAAAACUGUAACGAGGGGGGAUGUCCAAAAUGUAACAUGGGUUCUAAUUGUGGAGACAGGUCGGAUUACUGUCUAUGCUUACACGCUGAGGAAAACGCUUUAUUAGAGGCGGGGAGGGCCAGAGUGGGGGAAAAAAGUAUAUUGUAUUGUAAUACGUAA